AUGCAGGGUGAAAAGUUUGGACCAUUUGCUGGAGAGAAGAGAAUGCCUGAAGACUUGGAUGAGAACAUGGAUUACAGGCUGAUGUGGGAGGUCCGGGGGAGUAAGGGAGAAGUUCUCUAUAUUUUGGAUGCCACCAACCCGCGACACUCGAACUGGCUGCGCUUUGUUCACGAGGCACCGUCUCAGGAGCAGAAGAACCUGGCUGCCAUUCAAGAAGGAGAAAACAUUUUCUAUUUGGCGAUUGAAGAUAUAGAAACAGACACAGAGCUUCUGAUUGGUUACCUGGACAGUGACAUGGAGACCGAGGAAGAAGAGCAGCAAAUCAUGACCGUGAUCCAAGAAGGCGAAGUGAGACCUUCUAAAGGACACUGCACAGCUGGUAGAAAAGAUUGUUUUGGCUGCAGAGAAGACUACACCUGUCCUCAGUGUGAGUCGAGUUUUACCAGUGAGGAAAUUCUUUCUGAGCAUCUUCAGACACUGCACCAGAAACCCACAGAGGAGAAAGAAUUUAAGUGCAAGAGCUGUGGGAAGAAAUUCCCAGUAAAGCAGGCUUUGCAGAGACAUGUUCUUCAGUGUACAGCAAAAAGCCGAGGGAAGGAUACCUCACGGAGUUUUCAGUGUUCUGUUUGCACUUCUUCCUUCAGUGCAGCCUCAAGUUUUGAGCUGCAUCAGGAGACGUGCCGGGGAGAUGCCAGGUUUGUGUGCAAGGCUGACAGCUGUGGGAAGAGGCUGAAGAGCAAGGAUGCCCUGAGACGACACCAGGAAAACGUCCAUGCAGGAGAUCCUAAGAGAAAGCUCAUGUGUUCAGUGUGCAGUAAAAAGUGUUCUUCAGCAUCAAGCCUGCAGGAGCAUAGAAAGAUUCAUGAGAUAUUUGAUUGUCAAGAAUGUAUGAAGAAAUUUAUUUCAGCUAAUCAGCUAAAACGUCAUAUGAUCACCCACUCAGAGAAACGACCUUAUAAUUGUGAGAUUUGCAAUAAAUCUUUCAAGAGGCUCGAUCAAGUUGGGGCCCAUAAAGUCAUCCACAGUGAAGAUAAACCUUAUAAGUGCAAGCUUUGUGGGAAGGGCUUUGCCCACAGAAAUGUUUACAAGAAUCACAAGAAGACCCACUCUGAGGAGAGGCCGUUCCAGUGUGAGGAGUGCAAAGCUUUGUUCCGAACCCCGUUUUCUUUGCAGAGACACCUCCUCAUACAUAACAGCGAGAGGACUUUCAAGUGUCACCACUGUGAUGCCACCUUUAAGAGGAAGGACACCUUGAAUGUUCACGUCCAGGUGGUCCACGAACGACACAAGAAAUACAGGUGUGAGCUCUGCGGGAAGGCCUUCGUCACGCCUUCAGUGCUCAGAAGUCACAAGAAAACACAUACAGGAGAAAAGGAGAAAAUUUGUCCAUAUUGCGGUCAGAAAUUCGCCAGCAGUGGGACGUUGAGGGUUCACAUCCGCAGCCACACAGGUGAGCGCCCCUAUCAGUGUCCUUACUGUGAAAAAGGCUUCAGCAAAAACGACGGAUUGAAGAUGCACAUUCGUACUCACACCAGGGAGAAGCCCUACAAGUGCCCCGAGUGCAGCAAGGCCUUCAGCCAGAAGCGCGGCCUGGACGAGCACAAGCGGACACACACCGGAGAAAAGCCUUUUCAGUGCGACGUUUGUGACUUGGCUUUCAGCCUGAAGAAAAUGCUGAUCCGACACAAGAUGACUCACAACCCUAACCGCCCGCUGGCAGAAUGCCAGUUUUGCCACAAGAAGUUUACGAGGAACGACUACCUCAAAGUGCACAUGGACAACAUCCACGGUGAGGCCGACAGCUAG